GUGGUCGUCAUCGUUAAAGCUGUGAGUUGGAAGGUCUGUGAGAUGUGAUAAAAAUACAGUAAUAUUGAGAGAAAAUAAGCAUGAGGUUCAAUAGUUCGAAUGAAAGAAGAAUUUUACAUUAACAGUUCGUGUUUUUGGACCCUCUGUUCUUAGGUUAGUGAGUCGUUAGCCUCAUAGGCGUUAGUAACACUUGGGUUUUCUGCAUGUCUCGUGAGACAGGUUGGCAGUUAACGCUGGAAUCAAUCACUGACCACCGUUUGAAGCCUCAAAAUGUCGUGGAUACGGGAAGGGGAACUAAACCUACUGGAGAAGAUUUCAGCCAAUAUACUGAAGGCUGGACCCAUGCCUAAACAUGUGGCCUUCAUCAUGGAUGGAAACCGCCGCUUUGCACGAAAGAAAAACAUGGAGCGUCAGGAAGGGCACAUGCAGGGCUUUAACAAGCUGGCAGAGACAUUACGUUGGUGUAAACAUCUGAACAUCCCAGAGGUCACAGUCUACGCCUUCAGCAUCGAGAACUUUAAACGCACAAAAGAUGAGGUGGACGGGCUGAUGGAGCUGGCCAAGCAGAAAUUUGAGAAACUGCUGGAGGAACGGGAGAAUCUGGAGAAGCAUGGGGUGUGUAUUAGGGUUCUGGGUGACUUGAACAUGCUGCCACUCGACCUUCAGCAGCUCAUCGCCAAAGCUGUGGUCACAACCAAGUCACACAACAAAUGUUUCCUAAAUGUGUGUUUCGCCUACACAUCAAGAUAUGAGAUCACAAAUGCAGUCAGAGAAAUGGCUUGGGGAGUUGAGGAAGGUCUCAUCAAAGCAAGUGACGUUUCAGAGGCUUUGCUAAGUGAGUGUUUGUACAGCAAUAAUUCUCCAAAUCCUGACUUGCUCAUCCGCACGUCUGGAGAGGUGCGCCUCAGCGACUUCCUUCUUUGGCAGACUUCCCACUCCUGCCUCGUGUUUCAGUCUGUUCUGUGGCCUGAGUACUCUUUCUGGAACCUGUGUGAAGCCAUCCUCCAGUUUCAGUUAAAUCACAAAUCAAUUCAGAAAGCUAGAGACCUCCAUCGAGAGCAUCAGGCUUUACAGCAGCUGGAGGCGGACCGUGCCUGUGUAGCGGAGCACCUGCAGCAUCACGGGAAUGGAAAGCCUGUGGAUGCCCAGAGAAGACACGAGGCGCUGCAGCACUAUAUCGCCUGCAGGGAGGAACGAAUUCAAGACUUCUUAGAAGCACUGAAGCACAAGAGAGACUCUUUCUUUAAUGACUUAAUGAGCGAAGCCGUCGUGGCUUAGGAUGGCUCUGAAAACAAACCCCAUGUUGAAGUGGGGAUGAAACCUCUCCCGUCCUCUUCCCUAAAGGGCUUCUGUGGAAAAAAGGAAGAGUGAACAGGCCCUGGGAACGGUUUCUUCACGUUACUGGUUAGUGCAAGAUGAGAGGGAAAUUUUACCCCUAUGGGGCUGUAGAAAAAAUGAGAUAUUUAUGAUUGUAGAUUUAAAAAGUCUAAUACAUGGAAAUGCCUGGUCAAAAUUUAGUUCUAUACUUGUGAAAAUUGUUUGUGAAAUGCAUGCCAUUGAUCGGCUGUUCAAACACUGAGUGAAAGUUCAGGGGUUCAACAUUUCAGACACGAUGCCAUCCAGAUUUUUAUGAAUCAGUCCAGUUUUACAUUUUUUCGUUCAGUUUCUUCGGAUGUGUUGUUUGUUUGGUGAGCGUGAUGUCAAAGACAUAACUAGAUUUUGACCAGCUUUCUCUAACAGAAUAAAGUGAUUAUUGUAUGUCAAAUAUGA